UAUUUUCAAACUUGGCCCCCACAAACGACGUCGUUUUGGAAAUUGCAAUUCCCUUAUUUUUUUUAGCCAGGUCCUGUAUUCGUUGAUAUGGACUAGGGUUUUAGUAUUGGCGGACGAUGAGGAUGAUCGUUGGCUUCCUACGCAAAGCCCUUGUGCUCCAGGUGAGGUUCACUCUCACAGCUUCUCCAACCCCACAAAGUUUGCAUUUUCUUCUCCACCACUUCUACCCAUUCUCAUCUUCCUCCACAUCCAUUCCCACUUCUGAAAGAUCAGAGUCAUUCACUGUGUCUUACCUCAUUGACUCAUGUGGCCUCUCUCAUGAAGAUGCUCUAUCAGCUUCCAAAUUACUCCGCUUUGAAACCCCCGAAAAACCCGAUUCGGUCCUUGCCUUCUUCAACAGCCAUGGCUUCUCCAAAUCCCAAACCUCAAAAAUCGUCAAAUCGCUACCUCGACUACUCGCAUCCGAUCCCGACAAAACCCUUUUGCCCAAACUCCAAUUCUUCUACUCCAAAGGCGCUUCCAAGCCUGAUGUUGCCAAGAUCGUAGUCUCAACCCCAGGCAUCUUGAAACGAAGCUUGGAAAAUCAAAUCAUUCCUUCUUUUAAUUUCUUGAAAGAUUUCCUUCAAUCCGACGAGAUGGCAAUUACUGUUGUUAAACGCUUUUCCCGGAUUCUGCUCUUUGAUCUUCACACCUAUGUGGCUUCUAAUAUGAAUGCGUUGCAAGAAUUUGGAGUACCCAAAUCAAAUAUUGCAGGAUUGCUAAUGUAUCGGCCUAUGGCAUUUAUGGUGAAUCCAAAUUUGUUUAGGAAGAAUUUGGAGGAAGUGAAGAAAAUGGGGUUUAAUCCGUCACAAAUGAAGUUUGUUUUGGCAAUCCAAGCAAUGAGAGCGGGGGGAGAAUCUUGCUGGGAAAGGAAGAUUGACAUAUAUAAGAAGUGGGGCUGGUCUGAGGAAGAGAUUCGGUUGGCCUUUACAAAGUCUCCCUGGUGUAUGAUAUAUUCCGAGGAUAAAAUAAUGGCAAAAAUGGAUUUCUUCGUCAAUAAAAUGGGGAGGGAGUCUUCUUUGAUUGCUCACCGGCCCUUUCUUAUCGGCCUUAGCUUGGAGAAGAGAAUUAUUCCUCGGUAUUCAGUUGUUCAAGUUCUGUUGUCAAAGGGUUUGAUCAAUAAAGACAUUAGCCUGGUAGUUCUGUUUGAGUCUACUGAAAAGACCUUUCUGGAAAGGUUUGUGAAUGCUUACAAGGAGGAAGCUCCUCAGUUAAUGAAACUGUAUCAGGAGAAAAUCAAUCUUUGAGAAAAGCAGGACUUUCUGCUAGAGGGAAGUGGUAAUUUUCUGAAUGUCCACAUUAUGAAUCCAAAUUUUUCUGCAUCUUCCCCUGUGCGGUUGAUUCUGCUGAAAAUUAUUUGGUUCUUCACUCUUAUACAUUUAGUACUUACUGCAACCAAUUCAGAUUCAUUUUAUAUGCAAUCUUACCAUCGUUUGGAAGUUCAAUCUUCAUCUGAUAUUGUUUUUUUGAUGGGCAAUAAUAUUCGAUCUGAUCUUAUUAGUCUACAUUUUUUUCAGUCCUUUCUUCAUAUGUGAACACCCCACUUUUCCCAAAUGUUUUCUCCAAGCAGCUCAUAUGCUGAUAUAGUUGUAAAAUGCCUUCAGAGGUUCUGCCCCAAACAAGAGCAUCCCUGCUUCAUAAAGAAAUGAAGCUCAAUCAUGUAGCCGAGGAUUGUUUGUUCAACUCUGAGAAUCCUUCCACCAUCUCCCUCCAUGUCUCCUGCCUUCAUAUUUGAGAUGUAAUUUUGUAUGGAAAGAAGCUUGUUUGUUGUAAUUAAUUUCCCUGUAACACUGCCCAUUUGGGUGUUUACAAGAAACAGCAAUGGAGGUGAGCCUUGUUUUUGGCAGAAAAUUCAAGUAGCUAGCUGUUCAUCAA